AUGGACGAAUUGGAGGUGGCCAUUCUGUGCCUGUACGGAAAUGAAUGCACCCGUAUCAGCAAGAGCGACGCACAAAAGUACUGUGAAAAUUUCCAGAAUACCGCAGACAGCUGGAAGUACUGCGUUGCCAAAUUUGUGGAUUCCAAAAGGUUGGAAGUGAAAUUCUUUUGCAUCCAUGUAAUUGUAGAAAAGCUGAAGACACUUAAAGGAGAAGACCUCCUGUAUGUAAAAAAUGCACUGUAUAAUUAUUUGGAGAGUAAAUACCCAACAGCCAAUGACGAUCCCUGUGUGGUAAACAAAAUUAUCCAACUGUACCUCUCGCUAAUAGAAUUUCUUUACCCAAACAACAUGAACGAUGGGUUCAAAUUUCUCAUAAAUCUGAUAAUGGUUAAUAACGACAUGAAUGCAAAAAAUAUGUAUAUAAAUUUUUUUCUCAAAUUAAUGAACAUGUUAGAUGUAGAAUACAUAGACAACGUGUAUUCUACGAAAGGGGUUCAGGUAGCUACCAAUUUGAAAGAAGCAAUAAAAAAUAACGACCUUCCAAUUAUAAUCGAGUGCUUAUAUUUUAUAAUGAGCACCAACGUUGAAGACAUAAGUGCCCUUAGCAUCUUUACCCUCUCCAAGUAUGUUACCUGGAUUGAUAUCAACUAUGUCGUCAAUGAUAAAAUUCUCGCCUACAUCUAUCAGACCAUUAAUGGGCAAAAUAACUCCAUUACAGAAUCCAGCUUCUCCUUCCUAACAGCACUUGUACGUAAAGGAAUGAACCCAUUGAACAAAAUUCAAUUUAUUGAAAAUAUAAAUAUCAUUUAUGUCCUCCAAAAUAUACCCAAAAUUUUAGAUAUAUCAUAUGAUAUGAACAAAAAAAUUAUGUUAAAGAAAGGGGAGCUUGUAAACUACAUUUGCCUUGAAUUGGUAGAAUCUAUUUAUGAAAUAAAUAAGCUAAAGGAUUACCCAAUGAAUAGUGCAAAGUACAACGAAAUAUGUGACAAGGCUACCGAUAUGUUGUUCUUGAUUUUACCACAUGCUUUGGAAAUAUACGGGAUAGAUGAUUUCUUCGUCGCCAGCACAGUAGAAAAAUUUUUCAGUCUCCUCUUCACCAAAUUUAAGACAGUAAUGGGGUCUGCAUCAGCUGAGGAAGGAAUGAGCGGCCAACAGGUAACUCUUGGGGCGUCAGCAAAUGGAUAUAAAAUUCCGCAGGCCAAAAUGAACCUCUUUAUUAAUACCCUAAUAUGUAGCACUGUGAACAAAUUUCAAUUUCCAGCGUAUAUUGAAGAAUUCUACGAUGAGGAAGACGAAGAUUUUAUUACUUUCAACAACUUUCGGGAGAAUAUUGAAAAACUCUUCCAGAGAUUAAUACUGUUUAAUAAACUGAAAGCCAUCGAAAUUAUUAAGAAUGCCAUUAUUUAUAUGAACGAAAAUUUUGACAACUUGAAGUGGAACACCAUAGAAUCCACUCUCUACGCCUUCUACAUCACAACUUCCAUCUAUACUGAGUAUAAAGGAAGCACCAUGCAAGCCGGCGGAAGUGCAGCCAAGGAUGCCAACUCUUCAGUAGUGUCUACCACGUGUAUAAGCAAAACGAAUACAGGAACGGCAAAUGCAAAUACCAGUGGAAACAUGUCCAAAGAGGUACAAGACAUGCAGAACGGAGAAUACAACAACUUGCUUUUUGACUGCCUUGCGGAGUUACUAAAAAACCGUAAAAUUCUCAGCUGCAAUAAUAGCCUUAUAAAUAUAAACCUCAUGGAAAUUUUCCAAAGACUGAACCCUUUUUUUAUUAAAAAUCCACAAUACGUAGAAUACUCUCUUCAUGUUUUUAUUACAAAUGGGAUUAGAUGUAGUAAGAAUAAAGUGGUAAAAAAGUCGGUGCAUAUUUUUAAAAAAUUCUUGAAAGCAAAUUCGUUUGUCAUAUGCAAUUACAUGAAGGAAAUUUUGCAGAUGUUGGAAAGCUUCUUAGAAAUACCCUGUGUGUACCAACGGGUUGCUAGUAAAAACCCAGCAGGUAACAACAGUGCUAAUAAUACCACCUUGGCGGAUAUGCUAUCCCUUGAUCAAGACUACAUAAAAUCUAUGUAUAAAUAUAUCUACGCGGGUGUGAAUUAUACCCACGAGGAUCAGAACGACAUUUAUGAAAUAGCAGGUUUGCUACUAUUGCAUUACGAUUAUUCCAGAGCAAAGAGGAUAGCUAAGGGAGAGGUCAAUGAUCAAAUUCACCUUCUGGAACAGCAAGGAAUGCAAGGUAGAGGAGGCAACCCAACCAAUAUAAAUUUUAACCGAAUGAGCAGUACGAACAGUGGAAGUGGAGAUGUAAAAGAUUUAAACAAUACCACUUCCAUGCAGGGUAUGUGCACCGACUUAAACACAAGAAAUGAAAAAAUCAACGAAGAGCUUAUCCCAAAUUAUAAAGAUAGAAUCUUUUUCUUUAAAGGAAUUUUAAAUAAGUUACUAGAAAAUCUAUCCAACAUAAAAAAUGUCUAUAUAAAUUCAUCCAAAUCGCAGCAUGAGGUUCUAUGUCUGAGUUUCACCUGCAGUGUUGUCAUCAGAUGUAUAGGUGCAUUAUGCAAAAAUGUAAAUAUUAACAUGACAGAUGAAUUGAUAAACGAUUUAGACAAUACGUUAGGAAUUAUCAUCCACGAAGCGUUAGAAUUGUUUUACAAAAAUUACAUUGUUAGAGAUUCUGUGCUCUACACGUAUAGAAUUCUAUCGAACCUUUUUAAGGAACUCUCUCUCAACUACACCAUAAAAAUUCUACCAUACUUUUACAACAUUUCGUACAACAUGAUAAUGACAAAAUUGCAGAAGACUAAUACCGCCGGAGCAACGACUUCCGCUGUAGUGGGAACUCAGAACCCAUUACUUUCAUUCAACAUGAUGACCCCAUCAUCACAUCCAACUGUUGGAGUUGGUUCAUCAGGUGAAGCCUCAACGUGUUUCUCGAAUUCUCAGGAAGAACUAAAAUAUCUGUUUAAUGAACUUAACGAAUUGGCCAUAUUAGUAUGCCACCUAAUAUGCACGUAUAAAGAAAAAUCGUACGAUACGUUUAUUAAGCCAUAUAUACAGAACAUUACGCAGAUUCACCUAAACAUUUGGAAGUGCAUAAUUGUGCAGUCGUUGGAAAUGCAAAGAGAACAGAACUCUGUACUAUCUCCACUCCUCCUCAUACUUUACAACAUAUCUUUAAACAUUCCAUCAGCCAUUCACAAUUUUGUUUCUCUCGAUUUGAUUGCCUUAACACAUAAAGAAUUUUGCCAAGCCUUUUCAAAUGAAGAUAUGGUGAAGGCAAAAUGUCCAGAUGCCAUUACAAGCAUUUUGCUUGUUUCUCUAAAUUAUAGCAAUACCUGUGAUUUGAAUAUCUGCCUAUAUGCAGCUCAAACCUUUUCGAACAUGUUGAAUAAUGCCACUUGUUUGCAGAAUGCGCAAGAGGUGCUGAGCAAAUACCCACUCGUCCAAAUCAUCGACACGCUUUGUGUAACGCUCAAGUCCCUUGAUUAUUCGGAUCCCAAGAAUAAGAGGAUAAUCCAAGAAGUAAUGAACAUCUUCCGACUCUUCUGCGGGUUCAAAGUCAACGCCGGCUGUCUACCCAGCAAAAUUCUUGAGAGCGCUCAAAUCUGUUUGCAGAAUUCACUACUUUCAGUGUUCAAGAAUAACCGAAACGACAUCGGUGUCUUGUUGCAAGCCGUCAACGCGAACAAUCAACAGCAGUUCAGACAAAUUUUGUCAAAUUUUGUUGCGUAA